AUGUUUAAGUUCUUAAAGGGAGUAGUGGCUGGAUCUGGAACGGGACUCAAGGAUCUGCCUUACAACAUCGGUGAUCCUUACCCUUCUGCUUGGGGUUCAUGGAAUCACUUUCGUGGUACCUCCAAGGAUGACGGAUCUCCAGUUUCGAUAUUUGCACUUUCUGGGAACAAUGCUCAAGAUGGGCAUUUGGCUGCUGGUAGAAAUGGUGUCAAGCGCCUUCGUACCGUAAGGCAUCCAAAUAUACUUUCAUUUCUCCACAGCACUGAGGUUGAAACUCAUGAUGGUUCUACUUCCAAGGUUACAAUCUACAUAGUCACUGAGCCUGUUAUGCCGCUGGCAGAUAAGAUAAAGGAGCUAGGCUUGAAAGCCACCCAGAGGGAUGAAUAUUUUGCACUGGGUCUACACCAGAUAACUAAAGCUGUGAGCUUUCUGAACAAUGACUGCAAACUUGUGCAUGGAAAUGUCUGUCUGGCGAGUGUCGUUGUUACACCUACUUUGGACUGGAAACUCCAUGCAUUUGAUGUUCUAUCAGAGUUUGAUGGGAGCAAUGAAUCCGCAAGUGGACCUAUGCUGCCAUUUGAAUGGCUAGUGGGAACACAGUACAAGCCAAUGGAAAUGGUGAAGUCUGAUUGGGUUGCUAUUAGAAAAUCUCCACCAUGGGCCAUUGAUUCAUGGGGCUUAGGUUGUCUUAUUUAUGAACUCUUCUCGGGCUCGAAGCUGGGAAAAACAGAGGAGCUGCGAAACACUGCCGGCAUUCCUAAGUCUCUGCUUCCAGAUUAUCAGCGACUCCUAAGUUCCUUGCCUUCUCGCAGAUUGAACACCUCAAAACUUCUAGAAAAUGGCGAGUAUUUCCAAAAUAAGCUGGUGGACACUAUACAUUUUAUGGAUAUUCUUAACUUGAAAGACAGUGUUGAAAAAGAUACUUUCUUCCGCAAACUUCCAAAUGUUGCUGAACAGCUUCCUCGGGAGAUCGUGCUUAAGAAGCUUCUUCCUUUAUUAGCGUCUUCACUUGAAUUUGGUUCAGCUGCUGCCCCUGCAUUAACUGCCUUACUUAAGAUGGGAUCAUGGCUAUCAACUGAAGAUUUCAGUGUGAAGGUGUUGCCAACAAUAGUCAAGCUUUUUGCUUCCAAUGAUCGAGCUAUUAGAGUUUCUCUUUUGCAACAUGUUGAUCAAUUUGGAGAAUCAAUGUCAGGGCAAAUUGUCGAUGAACAAGUAUACCCUCAUGUUGCUACUGGAUUUGCGGACACAUCUGCUUUUCUCCGAGAGCUGACUCUUAAAUCGAUGCUCGUUUUAGCUCCAAAGCUUUCUCAGCGUACACUUUCCGGAUCCCUCUUGAAAUACCUUUCCAAACUACAGGUGGAUGAAGAGCCGGCAAUCAGAACCAAUACCACUAUUUUACUCGGGAAUAUUGCCACCUACCUAAAUGAAGGGACAAGGAAAAGAGUUUUGAUUAAUGCUUUUACAGUGCGGGCACUGCGUGAUACAUUUCCACCUGCUCGAGGUGCAGGUAUUGUUGCAUUAUGUGCCACAAGUUCUACUUAUGACGACACUGAAAUAGCAACUAGGAUUCUUCCAAAUAUUGUUGUGCUAACCAUUGAUCAAGACAGUGAGGUUCGAUCAAAGGCAUUUCAGGCUGUAGAACAGUUUCUUCAGAUACUGAAACAGAAUUAUGAGAAGACAAACGCUGGAGAGUCAGGAGCCACCGGAGGAGCCUCAGCUAUACCUGAAACUGCUGGUCUGAUCGGAUGGGCUAUGAGUUCUUUGACUCUUAAGGGUAAGCCAUUAGAACAAGCGCCUCUUCCUUCUUCUUCUUCAGCACCAUCCCUAGCUUCUGCAGCCUCAAAUGCUGCAAGCACAGCAACGGAGGCGCCGAGUGUGAAAGCAAGUCAUCAUACACGUUCCAACUCGGACUUCACAGAUCAACCCGCACCACCAUCCCCAACAUCAACAGAUGGUUGGGGAGAUAUUGAGAAUGGCAUUAGUGAAGGUCAUGAUGAUGACAAAGACGGUUGGGGUGAUCUUGAACCUCUCGAUGAACCAAAACCUUCUCCAGCUCUCUCAAACAUUCAAGCAGCUCAAAAACGACCUGUGUCUCAGCCCUCUAGACCUGCAGCUACAAGCUCAAGACCAAAGAUUAGCACGGUGAAAGCAGCUGCGAAAACCGAAGAUGAUGAUUUGUGGGGAUCCAUAGCUGCUCCUCCGCCUGCAACUACUUCAAGACCGUUGAACUUGAAAAAGACAGUACAGUCUGAUGACGAAGAUCCUUGGGCUGCCAUUGCUGCUCCACCACCAACCACGAGAGCAAAACCUUUGUCUUCCGGUCGUGGCCGAGGAGCCAAACCUGCAGCUCCUAAACUUGGUGCCCAACGCAUUAACCGAACUUCAUCUGGAAUGUGA